CCCGGGUCUGGAUCCUUCGCUCGUUCGGGAGCGCUAGACCAGGCUGAACACGAAUGCAGCCUUAUUCGACUUCACGGAGAACCACACCGGCUUAAACGCAAGGAUUCGCAUACUUUUAGAAUUGCACCUACUCCCAGUUUUUUGGGGGCGUAUUUAUGCUGGUUAAAGGUGUGUGCGGUUCUCCAUUAUUUUCUGAGAUUUCCAGCAGAGCGGAAUUAAGCGUCCGGUCAUCCUGAGAUUCGACAGGAGAAAAAGCUCCGAUACAAAGUGGAAAGUACAGAUUUGUCGGGAUUAAGGCGAAUGGAGCCGACAGGGCCCCGGGAGUGAGGUGGGGGGGAGGAAAGCAGUGCACAAAAACGGGGUCGAUCGCAUUUGAUCCUCGUUUAUCUGAGCACAAUGUUGGACACAUUUUGCUAGCUGGAUGGCUGGCUAGCAGUUGGAGUCUGGGACUUCAGAGCUCCAGAGAAAUCAGCCACACAAAUACCAUAACUGUUUAUUGCGCUCCGGGGCGCAGCGUAAUCUCGUAUUCAUUUCGAGAAGCGCUAUUUUUGUUUAAUCUUUUCUGGCUCUGGGAGGGGUAGCCAGGCCGUUUUAUUUGGUAGAAAAUGUCUGCGAAGGUGCGCCUGAAGAAGUUGGAGCAGUUGCUGCUGGAUGGUCAUCAGAAAAACGACAACUCGCUGAGUGUGGAGACACUGCUGGAUAUACUCAUAUGUUUAUACAACGAGUGCAGCAACUCACCCUUAAAACGGGAAAAACAUGUGACCGACUUUUUGGAAUGGGUGAAGCCAUUCACAACCACCGUGAAGCAAAUGCGCCUCCACAGAGAUGACUUCGAGAUGCUCAAAGUGAUUGGCAGGGGGGCCUUUGGAGAGGUUGCUGUGGUAAAGAUGAAACACACUGAGCGUGUUUACGCCAUGAAGAUCCUCAACAAGUGGGAGAUGCUGAAGAGGGCCGAGACGGCGUGUUUCCGAGAAGAGAGGAACGUCCUGGUGAACGGAGACUGCCAGUGGAUCACCACUCUGCAUUAUGCCUUUCAGGAUGACAACUAUCUGUACUUGGUCAUGGAUUAUUACGUGGGUGGAGACCUGCUGACUUUGCUUAGUAAAUUUGAGGACCGACUCCCGGAGGACAUGGCCAAAUUCUAUGUGGCGGAGAUGGUGCUUGCUAUCCACUCCAUCCAUCAGCAACGCUACGUACACAGGGACAUAAAACCUGACAACGUUCUACUGGACAUGAACGGCCACAUCCGUCUCGCUGACUUCGGCUCCUGUCUGAAGAUGAUGCAAGAUGGCACGGUCCAGUCCUCAGUGGCUGUGGGCACUCCAGACUACAUCUCUCCAGAGAUCCUGCAGGCCAUGGAGGACGGCAUGGGAAAAUAUGGGCCAGAGUGUGACUGGUGGUCUCUAGGUGUCUGUAUGUAUGAAAUGCUGUAUGGUGAAACACCUUUCUACGCUGAAUCAUUGGUGGAGACCUACGGAAAAAUCAUGAACCAUGAGGAGCGUUUCCAGUUUCCCUCCCACGUCACAGACAUUUCUGAAGAGGCUAAAGACUUGAUCCAGAGGCUGAUCUGCAGUAGAGAGCGUAGGCUGGGUCAACAGGGCAUCGAGGAGUUCAAAAAGCACCCCUUCUUCUCCGGCAUAGACUGGGAAAACAUUCGCAACACAGCGGCUCCGUAUAUCCCUGAUGUCAGCUCUCCCUCAGACACCUCCAACUUUGAUGUGGACGAUGAUGUACUGAAAAACCCGGACAUUGCUCCACCAGUCUCUCAUACAGGUUUCACCGGGCAGCACCUACCCUUUGUGGGCUUCACCUACACCACAGACAGUUGUUUUUCAGACUGUGGCAAAGUGAGAGGUGUGGCACUGACAGAUGGAGGUGCUGGGGAGGAUCUUCAGGAUGGAGGUCUGCAGGUGGAGGCCUUUGAGAAAAGGAUCCGCUGCCUAGAGCAGGAGAAACAGGAGCUCAACCGAAGGCUGCAGGAAUCCACUCAGGCCGUUCAGUCCCUCCAUAGCUCUGGGCGUGGAGCCGGCACACUCGGUCGUGAUAAAGAGAUAAAAAAACUCAAUGAGGAAAUCGAUCGCCUCAAAAAGAAACUGGCAGACUCUGAUAGGCUUGAGCACCAACUUGAAGAGGCAGUGACUCUUCGACAGGACUUUGAAAGUUCCUCCACCAAACUAAAAGCCCUGGACAAGCAAGUUAAAGCCCUCAAGCAGGAGAAAGAGGAUAUCCAUAAGCAACUGGUGGAGUCUCUGGAUCGCCUGAAGUCUCAGACCAAGGAGCUGAAGGACGCUCAUCAGCAGAGGAAGCUGGCCAUGCAGGAGUUCUCUGAGGUAAAUGAGCGCAUGGCUGAGCUGCGCUCGCAGAAGCAGCGUCUGUCACGGCAGCUGCGAGACAAGGAGGAGGAGAUGGAGGUGGUGAUGCAGAAGAUCGACGCCAUGCGCCAGGACGUCCGCAAAACUGAGAAGGCCCGCAAAGAGCUGGAGUCUCAGCUGGAGGAUGCACAUGCCGAAGCCUCUAAGGAGCGUAAGCUCAGAGAGCACAGUGAAGUCUACUCCAAACAACUGGAGAGUGAGCUGGAAACACUCAAGGUGAAGCAGGGAACCGGUCGUGCCUCAGGCUUCAGUUUGGAGACCCAGCAGGAGCUCACCAAGGUGAAGUCCGAGCUGGAUAAAAAGGUGCUGUUCUAUGAGGAGGAGCUUGUGAGGCGAGAAGCCAGUCAUACUACAGAGCUGAAGAACCUGAAGAAGGAGCUCCAUGACUCCGAGGGCCAGCAGCUGUCCUUGCACAAAGAGCUGCUGGUGCUUAAAGACAAACUGGAAAAGGCCAAGAGAGAACGGCAAACUGAGAUGGACGAGUCCGUAAGUUCCCUGAAGGAGAAGUAUGAGCGCGAACGCAGCCUCAUGUCUGAGGAAAACCGUAAACUCACUGCAGAAACAGACAGACUCUGUACUUUUGUGGACAAGCUGACAGCUCAUAACAUGCAGCUGGAGGAUGAGCUCCAGGAUCUGGCUUCAAAAAAAGAGAGCGUAUCACACUGGGAGGCACAGAUCGCUGAGAUUAUCCAAUGGGUAAGUGAUGAGAAAGAUGCCCGUGGCUACCUUCAGGCUCUGGCCUCCAAGAUGACAGAAGAGUUGGAGUCUCUGCGGAGUUCCAGUUUGGGUUCCAGAACGCUGCUUGCAUCUCCUUUACUUGGCCAGGAUCCCUUGUGGAAGGUGCGUCGCAGUCAAAAACUGGACAUGUCUGCCCGUCUUGAGCUGCAGUCGGCCUUAGAAGCUGAAAUCCGUGCCAAGCAACUGAUUCAGGAAGAGCUGCGCAAGGUCAAAGCAGCCAACAUUUCUUUUGAGAGCAAAUUGAAGGAUACAGAAGUCAAGAACAGAGAGUUGGAGGAACAGCUCGAAAACAUGAAGAAGGAAAUGGAGGAGAGCCGCUCACGUUCAGACAAAGGCCUGAAACUACCAGACUUCCAGGACUCAAUCUUUGAGUACUUCAAUACCUCCCCCCUCGCCCAUGACCUGACAUUCAGAACAAGCUCUGUGGGUGAAGUGGAUGCCACACCUUUGAAGACGGACAUUCCCUCUUCCUUCCCAUUAGUGGCUUCAGAACAGGAUGAACCACUUAAGUAUCAAGCUACCAUCCCUGCUGCCCCCUCGCCAGUCUAUCAGCCCACUCUCAGUGUGCCAAAGCCUAAAGCUCACCAACUGAGCAUCAAGACCUUCUCCAGCCCGACCCAAUGCACUCACUGUACCUCACUGAUGGUUGGCCAGAUCCGACAGGGCUAUGCCUGCGAGGUAUGCUCCUUCAUCUGUCAUGUGUCCUGUAAAGACAACGCGCCACAGGUUUGCCCCAUUCCUCCAGAGCAGGCAAAGAGGCCUCUGGGUAUUGACGUGCAAAGGGGCAUCGGCACAGCUUACAAAGGCUUUGUCAGGAUCCCAAAGCCAACAGGUGUGAAGAAGGGCUGGCAGAGGGCAUAUGCUGUAGUGUGUGACUGUAAACUCUUCCUUUAUGAGGUGCCAGAAGGGAAGUCCACUCAGCCUGUUGUGAUGGCCAGUCAGGUCCUCGACUUGAGAGACGAGGAGUUCUCUGUUAGCUCUGUGCUGGCCUCUGAUGUGAUCCAUGCCAGUCGUAAAGACAUUCCAUGCAUACUCAGGGUAACAUCAUCCACUCUGAACUCCCCGAUCCAGCCAGUGCCUUUGUUGGUAUUAGCUGAGAGUGAGGCAGAGAAGAAGAAAUGGGUGGGUAUCCUAGAGGGCCUACAGAACAUCCUGGCCAAGAACCGGCUGAAGAACCGAGUUGUACAUGUCCUGGACGAGGCCUAUGACAGCAGCCUGCCUGCCAUCAAAACUACACUCUCUGCUGCCAUCGUAGAUCGAGAACGUAUUGCUUUGGGGACAGAAGAUGGCCUGUUUGUAGUCGAGAUCACCAGAGAUGUCAUUGUUCGUGCUGCUGAUUGCAAAAAGGUUUGCCAGAUCGAGUUCAUCCCCAAAGAGAAGGUGGUGGUCCUGCUUGGUGGCCGUAACCGUCACGUCUAUUUAUACCCCUGGGCGGCACUGGAGGGCGCAGAGGCUACUUUUGGUGCCAAACUGACAGAAACAAAAGGCUGCCAGGCUCUGACCAUAGGUACCCUACGCCCAGGUGGCCCCGCGUGUCUCCUAGCGUCCGUGAAGCGGCAGGUCCUGUGCUACGAAAUCACCCGUGCAAAGCCCUACCACCGCAAGCUAUGGGAGGUGCAGGCGCCCGGUAUCGCCCAGUGGCUGGGUAUUGUUCGUGAUCGGCUGUGUGUGGGUUACCCAUCAGGCUUUGCUCUGCUUGCCAUGCAGGGAGAGUCAUCUCCAGUAAGUUUAGUGAGCCCAGCAGACCCUUCGCUAGCCUUCUUGGCCCAACAGUCCCUGGAUGCCUUGCAUGCGAUGGAAGUGGGGGCCAAUGAACUGCUGCUUUGCUUCAGUCAGCUGGGAGUGUACGUAGAUGCACAGGGACGACGAUCGCGAACGCAGGAGCUGAUGUGGCCAGCCAUGCCACUUGCCUGCAGCUCAAAUUCUAACUACCUGACGGUGUACAAUGAUUAUGGAGUUGAUGUAUUUGAUGUCCACACCACAGAGUGGGUCCAGACCAUUUCUUUAAGAAAGAUUCGGCCCCUGAAUGUGGAGGGUAGUCUCAACCUGAUGGGCUCUGAGCAGCCCCGCCUCAUCUACUUCAACAACAACUCCUCAGAAGGCUGUGAACUUGCUAUCCCCGAGACCUCAGACAAUAGCAAGAAGCUGAUGGUGAGGACACGCAGCAAGAGGAAGUUCCUCUUCAGAGUGCCAGAGGAGGAACGGCUGCAACAGAGGAGGGAGAUGCUGAGGGAUCCUGAAAUGAGAUCCAAGCUGAUCUCUAACCCCACCAACUUCAACCACGUCGCUCACAUGGGCCCAGGCGAUGGCAUGCAGGUCCUCAUGGAUCUGCCUCUGCAGCCGAGUGAGACUCCCUCCCCCUCAUCCUCUCGUCACCAUGCCCUGAUCUCCCCUCCGACCAACUUUGAGCACGUCUAUCACAUGAGUCCCGUCUCUGCCGGGCUCUAUCUGCAGAAAGAGCCUUCCUCCCAGCAGAGCCUGCUUCAGUUCUCCUCUUCUUCUUCCUCACCUUCCACAUCCUCCCUGGGAAGGAGUGUGAUGCCCUCUUCUCAGGAUGACCCAUCUAAAGAAAAGCCACGCCCUCUGUCUAGUAUCUCACGGCAACAGAGGAGUAAGACCCACAUCACCCGCACUGCCUCAGGAGGAGGAGAUUUUGGUGGAGCAGGGUCGUCUCGCAGUAUUUCUGAUCAAGAUCAAGACUAUGAAAGAGAGCCCGACUCUGACUCCACCAAACACUCCACCCCCUCCAACAGCUCCAACCCCAGCAGCCCCCCGAGCCCCAACUCUCCCCACCGCAGUCAGCUCACUCUGGACAGCCUAGAUCAAACCCUGGAUGGAUGAGAAUGGCCCUGUACACUAGACAGCCCCUGUAUACUGUACAUCUCUACUCUGAUAGGACUCACUAAGAAGUGCCAAGACUCUUCUAAGCCACCUGCCAGAAGUUUACCCUAUUCCUGCUGCUGGGUAGACAAAAGAACAGAUAUGUCUUCACAAGUGGAACACCCUGUCAAAACACCACCGAGUAUCAGAUUAAUAUAAAAUAAAAUAAAAAGUCAUAGACUGUCCCCUGGUGGAGAUGUUGUGGUAUUGUCACUAACAGGGUCAGAUUAGCCGUAUGAUGGACCUGUAUUUGAUUUUUAAUCCUAAUUUCAUGCCAUGCUUCUUCAAGUUUCUUUUUUAAUUAUUAUUAUUUACUUUAGUAAAUGAACGGAUACAUUACAUCUGCUUUGUCAGAAUUGCUUCUUGAACUGAUCUGUCAUAGAGGAUUAUUAGCUUCCCUUCAAAGUACAGAAUGGAAGGAAAAGAGAAUUCUUAUGCUGUUUUUAAAUGUAUAUUAUCAGGAAGUUCCACACUCAUCAUGGGGAAAGAAAAGUGCGUAUUGGAAGGAAAGAACUGUGACAUUCUUGUAUAAACAAAUUGGACAAGUAACACAAUUCCUCACUGCUCUUGACGGACCAGUGAAAUGGCUUGCCUCAUCUCAUAUGAGCAGUAGAUCAGUGACACAGAGACAAUGGCAUUUGUCAGACAUUGGGGGUUUUAAGCCAAACCAGAGGGCACUUUUAUUAUAUAAUUCUCUCUGUCUCUCAAAUUCUGCAUUUAAACCAGCCUUUAUAAUAUUCAUGUUUUAACUUGGAUGUUUCCCACAAAUAUAUCUAGUUGAUGGAACACUGCUUAUCACUUUGAGAAAAAGAAAGCAACAAAAAGGAACAUACCUUAAAUAUAGAUGUGUUUUAUUAAUAAAGGAAAUGGCACACAGCUAAAAUACUCAUAGGAUUUCAGUAGUUCGUCUCUUAAGCUGCUACUGCUUUGUGUGCUCUAUUUAAAAAUAAAAGUUUAAAAAAAGUAUAUGUGAUAAGGUUAUCUUACCAUAGCCAUGUUUUACACAUGCAAGCCCAUCAAGCAGCCACGUGGGACCUUCACUGUUAAAGACUUGUAUCAGAACACUGAUAUGAGAUUGUUUGUUGACACCAGAGGACUGCGGACACAUUAUCUAAAGCAAUGGCUGGCAUAUCCAUUAUCACUCAAGUGUGCCUUCAGUGCCAACUUCCGUUUCAGUAGUAAACUCUGCGCUAAAGCAUUUCAGUGGUUUUAACAAGGCUGAUGGUAAUGUAUUAUAUUGUCCCCUGCCCUUCUUAAACACUGUAAAAAACUUGCACAUGUUUUAGUCCAAGGAAUUGAUUUUGUGUGAAUGUUUUUUCCUGUACCUCCCUCAUACUUCACCUGGGCUGUCUGCUUCAUCAGAUGGACAAUGAUCUUUGGAACACUACUGCUUUUACUUUAAAAGAACAACAAAACAAAAAAAGGUUGAAAACUUUGUAAUUAUUGACUUGUUAGCCACAUAAAUUUGAACAAACAAUAAAAGAGUACCUGUUGUG